GAUUAAUGUCUAAUUGUCAAAGGCUUCGUUCAUUAAUCUUAUAGGAUAGAAAAAUCGCAAGAUUUUUAUUAUUGCAAUUAUUUGUUAAUAUCCAUGGAAGGACUUGUUAAUUACAGUAGUGAAGACGAACAGGAGGAGACAAUGGAUCAUAUAACUUUGCCAAAUUCCUUUAGGCUGAACGCGGAAGCGGUGGUCGCAGUCCUGGCAGAACAAGGCGUUCCUACGAAGGUGUAGCCAUAAUGAUUGGGGACGGUAGUCGUGGGGGUAAACGUGGUUCACCACCUGCACGCAAUAGCAGUUACAGAGACGAGGACACACAAAGGCAGAGCAGUAAGAGACCAACAUCAUCAACAUACCACAGUCGAGACAACAAGCGAGAUAUCCGCGAUAAUAGGAGAGAAAGUCGCGACAAUGUACGUGACCAUAGAGAAGAGAGGGAAUCGAGAGAUGCUCGUUAUUCAAAAGAUCACAGUCGUUAUGACUAUAAGAAUGAUCGCACGCGUACAAGGGAUUACCAAAGUGAUCAUAAGCGAGAACGUGAUAACUUUGAUAAUCGGCGACCACCUCGUGAUGAUGAUCGUAGCAGGCCCUCGUCUUCGUACAAAAACAAUCGCUAUGGAGGUAGUUUUCGCGAUGAACGACCUCGACAUGAUUCCUCUAAUACAAAUGCGGGUCCUUCCUCAUUUCGUCAACAACAUCACAACCGCUCAGUCGAUCAACGACAUACGGAGCAUUAUGAUCAUUCUGGUAGUCGCUAUCGCCGCCGCAGCAACUCUCGCUCUCCGUCUCCUUCAACUGGGCAACGUCAUUACCACAGUAAGCGUUCGGGACACGAUGAAAAGUCAUAUCCGCGUCAUCGCAGUCGUUCACGUUCACGUUCUAUUACCCCGGGACGUUCUGAUUCCCGCGAUCGUGAAGGAUUUGCUUUAGAAAAAGCGCGUUUAUCAGCUCAAGCAAUGGAGCGUAAAAUACAUCCGGAUAGUCAUACAUCACAAGAAAAAGAUGCUCAGUCUUUACACCCCAGCGCACGUACAGAAGCACUGUUGGCUUUGCCCUUAAAUGAAACUGCGCCAAAGCAGCCAAACGUAAUUGCCGUUGCACCAGUUCCCUCAACCUCCUCGAAUAAUGGCGGUGAACCAGCGGUCAUCCAACUACCUAGUUACUAUAACCCUAAUGUUAUAAAUCCAAACAAAUAUGCUGAGCAAGUACAGAAACGCAAACUUUUAUGGGGAGCAAAGAAAGCAGAAGAUACUGCGGCUAAAUGGGGCAAUGCACAAUUUUCGCAAGAUACCGACGGGAAAGUUGCAUCCAAAUUUAUGCGUCUAAUGGGCAUUAAAGGCAGCGGUCCUUCGAAGAGUGAAGAAGUGGUCGAACAAAAGGCUGUUCCGUCGGUGGCGCCAGAUGUCAAAACGAGGGAGGUAAUGUUCUCAAAUAUGGAGCAGCAGUAUGAGGUCGCACGUCAAGCUACUCAUACAAUGCGUGGUGUCGGUUUAGGUUUCAGUUCACAAGCUCGACCGUUUUGAAUAAUAUCUACGAGCAAAGUGUCAAGCGAAGUUGAGGAAAACUAUCUCAAAUUGUUCAAUUUUCGUGUAGAAUAAAUGAUUUGCAACAUAUGUUGAUAAUAUUUGUUUCCUGAACCUAUGUAUGAAAAAAUCAAUGGUAUAUUAAAUAAACCUAUAAAUGAAUAAAUGAGUAUACCGUGGAAA